UGUUACCUUUGUUCUUCGCGAUGAAGGCAUCGCUCAGCUUGCAGCCUUGAUACGUGGCUACAGCAGGGUCGGGACUCUUGUCUCGUUUGUGAAGGAUAUGCAUCCCCUCCUCGCGAGAGAAGAUGUAGUGCUCGCCGCCGUCCCAGGCAGGACCAAAAGGAUCGGUCUGCCCCGUGACAGUGUCGAUGAGGCAAAGCUGCAGUGCAGCUAGGCCAAGCGCACUGAAGAGCAGUCGCGAUGUGAGCUUCAUACUGCUGAGGCUUUAGUGCAGAAAUCUUUCCGUGCGGUGAGAAGAGCGUGCGACAGCUGACGUCGUACUCGAUGAGCUCGCACGGGUAAUCGCGGUGGGAUGAGCAGAUGGAGACGACCUACUUUUGGCUUCAAGCUGCGAUGUGGGUCUGUCCAUUAUGUAGGAUUGAGGACUAGUCGUAGCCACCGCACCAUUGGAGCGCAAAACGAGGCCAGCGCAGCCCGACGAUGGCAGCACAGGAGUGUUUUUCGUCGCAUGCCCGACGCGGCGGCCGAGUGUCCAGCAAUCGAAUUGCACCCGGCGCCCCUCGAAAGCCGAAAGGCUACACACUGCGCGAGUAGGAGAUCGACCUAUACUGGCAGUAGGAUCUCCAAUUGGGGCUUCGAAGUUGCAUCAAUCGGCAUGGGGGCCCUCCCAGUCUGGUUGCUUAAUUCCGGUCUUUGCGUGGGUGAAGCAAAACCUUACCGAGGUCUCUCUUCUCAAAUCUGUUGCAGGCAAAGUCGCCUACAGCCUUGUUCCGUCAUUGACACUGGUCGCACAGGCCUGUGCUACUGCCACGGACCAGAGCAGCAGUCCUGUGAAGCUAUCGAGACAGAGCAGCAUGGCGACAGCACAGAGAUGGUGUCUACGCACGUCUCAUUUUCGUGGCAACCAUGACCGACGGCGGUCAAGAUUGGCAAAUGAGGGCGAGCGCGAGCGCGAGCGCGAGGGGCAGAACGAGACGGCGGAGGCGCGCAACAUGCGACCGGACGCGCUUUGUUCACGUCUUGAUCUCACACCCACCAC